GGGGCUGACAGCUGUGCUGGUGCUGAUAAGGGAAGCCACAAGGAGACGAUCGAGGAGAGAGACAAGCAGCAGCAGAGGCAGCAGCAGCAGAGGCAGCACGAGGGCUGCGGAGCUGCUGGGAGUGGGAGUGACUCCCCCACCUCGGGCCCCCACCCUGUCCCUGUCCUCCUCCCGCUUCCCUGAGUUUAGAAGAGCAGCCGCUGCCACCACCGCCACUCCGGAGGGCACCGGGGGCUGCUGGCCAGGGAGGGACAGGGGCAGGGAGGCUCUGGCCAGUCCCAGCAGCCAGGGACAGAUGCCGAUCGAGAUUGUGUGCAAAAUCAAAUUUGCAGAGGAGGAUGCGAAACCCAAGGAGAAGGAGGCAGGGGAUGAGCAAAGCCUCCUGGGGGCGGCACAGGGGGCAGCAGCCCCCCGGGACCUGGCCACCUUUGCGAGCACCAGCACUCUGCACGGGCUGGGCCGGGCCUGUGGCCCAGGCCCCCACGGACUGCGCAGAACCCUGUGGGCACUGGCCCUACUCACCUCGCUGGCCGCCUUCCUGUACCAGGCUAUUGGCCUGGCCCGGGGCUACCUGACCCGGCCUCACCUGGUGGCAAUGGACCCUGCUGCCCCAGCCCCGGUGGCGGGCUUCCCGGCCGUCACCCUCUGCAACAUCAACCGCUUCCGGCACUCGGCACUCAGCGACGCCGACAUCUUCCACCUGGCCAACCUGACGGGGCUGCCCCCCAAAGACCGGGACGGACACCGUGCUGCCGGCCUGCGCUACCCGGAGCCCGACAUGGUAGACAUCCUCAACCGCACCGGCCACCAGCUUGCCGACAUGCUCAAGAGCUGCAACUUCAGUGGGCACCACUGUUCCGCCAGCAACUUCUCCGUGGUCUAUACCCGCUAUGGGAAGUGUUAUACCUUCAACGCGGAUCCACAGAGUUCACUGCCCAGUCGGGCAGGGGGCAUGGGCAGUGGCCUGGAGAUCAUGCUGGACAUCCAGCAGGAGGAAUACCUGCCCAUCUGGAGAGAGACAAAUGAGACAUCAUUUGAGGCCGGCAUCCGAGUGCAGAUUCAUAGCCAAGAGGAGCCACCCUACAUCCACCAGUUGGGCUUUGGCGUGUCCCCAGGCUUCCAAACCUUUGUGUCCUGCCAGGAACAGCGGCUGACCUAUCUGCCCCAGCCCUGGGGCAACUGCCGGGCAGAGAGCGGGCUCAGGGAGCCUGAGCUGCAGGGCUACUCAGCCUACAGUGUGUCUGCCUGCCGGCUGCGCUGUGAAAAGGAGGCCGUGCUCCAGCGUUGCCAUUGCCGGAUGGUGCACAUGCCAGGCAAUGAGACCAUCUGCCCGCCAAACAUCUACAUCGAGUGUGCUGACCACACCCUGGACUCCUUGGGUGGGGGCUCCGAGGGCCCGUGUUUCUGCCCUACUCCUUGCAACCUGACCCGCUACGGAAAAGAAAUCUCCAUGGUCAGGAUCCCCAACAGGGGCUCAGCCCGGUACCUGGCAAGGAAGUACAACCGCAACGAAACCUACAUACGCGAGAACUUCUUGGUCCUUGAUGUCUUUUUUGAAGCCCUGACCUCCGAGGCCAUGGAGCAGCGAGCAGCCUACGGCCUGUCAGCCCUGCUGGGAGACCUCGGGGGACAGAUGGGCCUCUUCAUCGGGGCCAGCAUCCUCACCCUGCUGGAGAUCCUGGACUACAUCUAUGAGGUGUCCUGGGACCGACUGAAGCGGGUGUGGCGUCGUCCUAAGACCCCCUUGCGGACCUCCACUGGGGGCAUCUCCACCCUGGGGCUGCAGGAGCUCAAGGAGCAGAGUCCCUGCCCAAGUCGGGGCUGUGUUGAGGGAGGGGCCGCCAGUGGCCUGCUCCCCAACCACCACCACCCUCCUGGGCCCCGGGGAGGCCUCUUUGAAGACUUCGCUUGCUAGGACGGUGCUGUGUCUAAAAAGACCCAGGAUUCUGGGGCCCCUCUGGGGAUCCUCAGCAGUCUCCUCCUGAUCCUGGCACA